GAUCUUGAAAAUAAUACGAGGGAGGUGCCUCAUCAUCCGCUUUCACACCUCAGACUUAGAGAUCUGGCUGCCCUUGCCAUGGAACCACUCCGCUCUGCUGCUCUCCUCUCUCCCGCCCCAACCUCUCUCUCUUGCGACCUUCUCCCCUCCACUCGGCCGCUCUGCCGCAGCUGGAGGUCUCUCCCCUGUCGGCAUCCAGCUCGUCGGGACUUCCUCUUCUUCUGCUGCGCCAACACCUCUACCGGCCCUUCCCCGACCAAGCAGCAGCCGGCCACUCCCAUAUCGUUCGGAUUUAACAGCCUCAAGGAGACCCUCACUGUCAAUGUCGCUAGCGCCGAGGGUCGGGCCCUUGACGUCCCCCUCGCUCGCCCCUUCACUAUCGCCUCCUCUCGCCUCGACCGCGUUACAAAUGUUGCCGUCCGAGUGGAGCUCCGAAAUGGCAGUGUCGGAUGGGGAGAGGUCCCCGUGCUACCCUCGGUCACAGAGAAGAAUCAGUCUGAUGCGCUAGCAGUUGCCGCCACGGCCUGCUCCGCCCUCGUUCACAGCUUGCCGAUGACGCUCGGAGAUGUGCUUUCCGAGGUCGGCCGCUUGCUUCCGGGUCACGACUUCGCUUCGGUAAGAGCUGGAGUUGAGAUGGCGCUGAUUGAUGCUGCUGCUAACAGUAUCAGAAUUCCUCUUUGGAGAUUGUUUGGUGGAGCAUCGAAUUCUAUUACAACAGACAUAACAAUUCCAAUUGUAUCUCCAAGUGAAGCUGCUGAGUUGGCUGCAAAGUAUUGUAGACAAGGGUUCAGCACUUUGAAACUAAAAGUAGGGAAAGAUUUGAAUUCGGACAUUGAAGUUCUAACAGCAAUAAGAUCAGUUCAUCCUGAAUGUUCAUUUAUUUUGGAUGCAAAUGAAGGGUAUAAAGCUCAUCAAGCGAUUGAAGUUCUAGAUAAUCUUCAUGCUAUGGGUGUCAUUCCCAUUCUAUUUGAGCAACCUGUUCAUAGAGAUAAUUGGGAAGGUCUUCGUCUUGUUAGCCAUGUUGCAAAGGAUAAAUAUGGUGUAUCCAUUGCUGCUGACGAAAGUUGCAAGAGUGUCAAUGAUGCUAAUAAAAUUAUACAGGGAAAUCUAGCACAUGUAAUCAAUGUCAAACUUGCUAAGCUUGGUGUUGUUGGUGCACUUGAGAUAAUCAAUAUUGCUAGAGAAGCAGGCAUCGCUCUUAUGAUUGGUGGAAUGGUCGAAACAAGGCUAGCAAUGGGUUUUGCUGGUCAUCUCGCUGCUGGCCUUGGUUGCUUCAGUUUCAUUGAUCUUGACACACCACUCCUUCUUGCUGAAGAUCCAGUCAUUGGAGGUUAUGAAGCUUCCGGUCCUGUCUACAAGUUCAACAAUUCAAGUGGCCAAGGUGGUUUUCUUCAUUGGGACAAUGUCUGAUGGUGGGCUUUAUUCUUAUCUGAUUACAAAGAUAAUAUGUGAUCGUGCUUUUCAACUUAUUUCAGUUAUUUACCAUUAGUUUCUGUGAGUCUCAAAUUUAUGAAUUUGCUUCCUGUGGACUUGACUGACUUUUAAUAUGCCAAAUUAUAGAAAUCCUAGACUGCUCAAGUUAUUUGGUUUCAGAAAAACUUCACUGAUAAGAGCCUUCUGGAGUUGCUCCUUUUCUGGCAUAUUGCUAAGUACAGAGGACUAGUAACGGGCUCAUGGGUGUUUAAAUUAGUGCUAAAAGAGAAAUAAAAUGACCAAAUACCUUCAAACAUUUGACAGAAAGAUGUCGCCAUGGUUGAUGUGGGGAUCAUUUGGGAUAAACACACUAUUGCAAACCGUAUGGCUAAUUUGAACACUUUCUGUGUUUGACAGAGGCAUCCAUGUAAUCUGUCGGAGAAGUAUGUGUCUAUCUUCACGUUUCCAUUUGAUUAAUGCUAGUUCUUGGUCCUGUCA